ACGCUAUCUAGACAACGUUAUACCUCGGUGUCGUCGUGAAGCCUUUUGUCUUCCUGCUAGCAGGUUAAUUCAAAAGCAGUGUAGCCUGCUCGACUGGUUAGCGUGAGCUCGGCGCUAGCUCAAAGGUAGUCAACGUUAGCAAGAUGAUAUAUGUGCGAUCCGUGACCUGGCUGCUAACCUAAAAACGUAUCCGUGCUUGUUUUGAUGCAUUUGCUUGCUGUGAGGCGAACCGAACCGUAAAACGUAGGAUAAAAUUAGGGAGGAAAGUGAACCAUCUGUCCCAUCUGAAGCUCAAUACAGAGACUGUGAGUGGGUCAUCAGGCAGUCUCCCUAUGUCAGGCCGAAACGGGUCUGCAAGUGAUGCAGACUGCCGGAUCUCUGAGGACUGCCGUGUCCCAGAUGUUGAGCUGAUGGAGCUUGGGCCACUGCUAGAGGAGGGAGGGGGGCGACCAGCAGCAUCUAAAGGCUCCCACGUAGAGGGAGCUGCGAUGCUUGCUGACGAGGAAGAGGAGGAUGAUGAGGUGGGAGAGGUCCUGACCUUACCACUUCAGGCCCACCAUGCCAUGGAGAAGAUGGAGGAGUUUGUACACAAGGUUUGGGAGGGGCGCUGGAGGGUCAUCCCCUUUCAUGUCCUGCCAGAGUGGCUUAAGGACAACGAUUACCUCCUGCAUGGACAUCGGCCCCCUAUGCCGUCUUUCCGGGCCUGUUUUGGAAGCAUCUUCAGAAUUCACACUGAGACAGGAAACAUCUGGACCCACCUGUUAGGGCUGAUCUUAUUCAUUUGUCUGGGCACGUUAACCAUGCUGAGGCCCAACAUGUAUUUUAUGGCCCCGCUGCAAGAGAAGGUGGUGUUCGGGAUGUUCUUCCUGGGAGCUGUGCUCUGCCUCAGCUUCUCCUGGCUUUUUCAUACCGUCUACUGUCACUCUGAGAAAGUGUCUCGCACCUUCUCCAAGCUUGACUACUCGGGCAUUGCCCUCCUGAUCAUGGGCUCCUUCGUGCCCUGGUUGUACUACUCCUUCUAUUGUUCCCCUCAGCCUCGACUUAUCUACCUCACCAUUGUUUGUGUCCUCGGCAUUGCUGCCAUCAUAGUGGCCCAGUGGGACCGCUUCUCCACACCUCGUCAUAGACCUACUAGAGCAGGUGUGUUCAUGGGUCUUGGAUUAAGUGGCAUUGUCCCCACCAUGCACUUCACCAUCGAGGAGGGCUUCGUUAAGGCCACCACAGUCGGCCAGAUGGGUUGGUUCUACCUGAUGGGUGCCAUGUAUAUCACUGGUGCCGGUCUGUAUGCAGCCAGGAUCCCUGAGCGCUAUUUUCCUGGCAAGUGUGACAUCUGGUUCCAUUCUCAUCAGAUCUUUCAUGUCCUGGUCGUGGCUGCAGCGUUCAUCCAUUUCUACGGGGUUUCCAACCUGCAGGAGUUCCGUUACGGCCUCGAGGGAGGAUGCACAGAUGACUCUCUACUCUGAGGGGCCUAACUGUGACUUACUCAUACUUUUCUUUAUAGCCUCCCAAACACACACAUAUACAUACACACACACACGCACACACAUACGUAAAAUGCUGCUGGAAUUCAAUAUAUAGUCACUUAUUGCUCCUUCUGUACUUCUGAUUUGCGAACAUCUUGUUUGGAUUUGGUGGUCUUUCUGUUUGGCUCUUUUUUUGCUCCAAUAAAGUAGCAUUAACUAGCCAUUGAACUACAGAGGGAAUCUUCAACAGGCACUACUUCUUCAAUACUUAUGAAGCUUGAAUUUUUGCAUUUUUAAGUAAGAUCAAAAUAAGAUUUUGACCAAAAUCUUGUAUUUCUUAGAAGCUCAUUAGUACCCCCAACCUCUCCAUAGUCUGUGACCAUUGCACAAAGGGUACAGCGUGUAUUAUUUGUGCUGUAGCAGAGGGCACAUACUGUAAACCAUUCCUUUCCUCCCUACAAGUCCCCAUGCUGAUUAGAGGAUGAAUGUACUGUCCUCAAAGGAGUAAGGUGUAGAGCAGAUUUGUAUCAGGAUGAUGAAAGUAUGCACAUAUAGUGUGUAUAGGUGUCACCAGAUGUUUUUUAACUCUGCUGACACUGAUUGCAAAGCUGUCUGUUAAAAUUCGGAGGACCACCACAAACCCACCCAUGUCUGCUCUGCAAUAAAACAUGAACUGUACUCUCAAGGCCCAGUGAAUACUCUAAAAUCCCAUUGAAACAAAAUAAAAUACAUUAUUAUGAAAGGAACAAGUAGCUUGAAUACCGUAAGAAUGAUCUAUAGAUGUGUCUGAGUAACACAAGCUAUAAUCCUAACCAGAAAUUCUUCCCCAAAUAAAUGGGUUUGAUAUUUUGGCAAACUGAAUUUCUCAGUUUAUUUGAACUUUUUGCUGACGUUCCUUGGCAUUUUGAUGCAUUGUUUUUAGUGACAAAAGUUCCAAACAAAUGAUUUCCAAAUUACUGAAUGUUACAAAAAAAGCUGUCACCGUGCAAAACAAAUACAAGCUCAGUUCACGUUAGACUUAAGAUGCUUCAAAUUUUGAAGUGAAAUGAACUCCCCUACCAUCACUUUUCAGUCAGACAACACGUCAUUGAUUAAUUUCUAGAGUUCCUGGGCUACGCACAAUGUACAGAUCUGAUUAGGUCAAAUUGUGUUUUUGUCAGCUAGAGAUUUUUCUUUUGUGCUAGAUUUCAGAUGCAAUGAGAGGUGUAAAUAUCAAUGCACCUUAGUGUAUACUAUUAAAUUUAAAACUUUAAAUCACCAUACGGGAUUUAAAAUGUGUUAUGUAUGAUUGAUAUAAACUUUUAGUAUUCCUGUGCCUUAGGCCAAUGGAAAUGUUUUUAAAUGAAACGGCCUAUCUUGACAGUCAAGGGAGCUUCGGGGAUUUCCAGAUGUUGACUUUUCUUGUUUUCCUUGCCACAUAUACAAUCGAAUCAUUAUUAAACUUACAACUCCAUUGAUAGGUUGUAUCAACUGCUGUUUAAGACUCCUUUUUCUAGAUCAACUUAUUUGAGCUUUAUUACAAAGACUAAAACAAUGUGUAUUCUUGACUUUGUGUAAUGUCCUGUGUAGAAAGUGAUAAAUCAUACAUUUCACUGAAAUGUAAACAUUAAAUAUUUAUUAAUGGUAAUCUUGGAAAAUUAUUGGAAUAAAUUUUUUUCCACCUGUACAAUUAUAGUGUCUUAUUUUGUUAAAUGCAUGUUAAUGGUUCUGGCAUUAUAAGAGGCUGCUGACAGCGAUAUACACUCACAAGAGUUAAUAUAGUCCUUAAAAUGUAAGCAUAUGACAUUUGCAGAUGUCACAUCAGCAGUAAGUAACUGAGGACAGCAGGAAUCAUGGUCAACUGGUUAUCACUUGUCUUCAUACAGAAUUGACACAGAUUCAAAUGUGGAAAUCAACAGCAUGUUUUAACCAUAUAAACCUCGACUAAUCAAUGCUUCAUCAUUUCCCUCAUCUGCUGUAAUUAGCUGCUGGUUGGAGAUCACUGCGAGCAGGAAUAUGAUACAUAAUAUAAUUGUAUCAAAAUGGAAGAUUAUCUAGACUAUGAAUAAAACAUAAUUAGAAAGCACAUGCUGUGCAUCCUGGUCUACAUUUGCAUCAAACAUGCCCUGUAGCCAAGUCUUAUAAACAUUAGGGCUUUGGACAAAUGUGAAUUGUGCACAAUAUAAAGUGAAACCGACUCGUGAUCUCGAUGCUUACUUGUUUUAUAUUUUAUUUUAAAAAUUCACAGAUGUCAACUGUCACCCAAUGCAAAAAGAUACAAAAAUGCAAUAUAUGACAUAAACUGCAGAAGGUCUACACAAAUCAUAAAUAAUAAAUCCAAACAAUUGCUUCUAAGUACUGUAGAACAGCCUGAACAUACUUAUGCUUUUUUCCAGCAGACACAGACUCUUCUUUAUUGGUGGGCUGCUCUUGUUUUGUUGAAUUACUUAAUAAGAAUGCUUGAUUUGGGGCAUUUCUAAUUGGAUUGUUAUCAGUAAAACACCUCAUUAAAGUCUGAAUGUGAAAUCUGACCUUUGCAUCUGUUUAACACUCAUAAAUAUAAUUUUGCAUCACUCCAUGGCCUUUUCACCCCUUUUGUAUUGCUCCCUGAGAAAAUAGUGAUUUUGAUAUUCCAACAGUUUUGACAGUUAGAUACGUAUUUUUAAUGAUUUAUGUUUUGUAAUAUAACAGAAUAAUAAUCGCCAUCAAUGUUUAGGGUAGAAGAUAAGCCUGCAUUGUAUUUUAUAUGUCGAAACAAGACCUGGAGAACAAAAAGGGGACAAGAAUGUUUUUCCUAGGGUGGCUUAGUCAUGACCCGCCUACUCUACUUGUGAUUGGCUUGUACUCGACUACGAUUGGUUAGGUUUUGGUUGAUUGUGUCAGUUAGCCAAUCAGAGGCAGAGUGGGCGGGACAUGCCUUCGCCGUCCUGUGAAACAAUAACAGGGUUCCCUUUGACACGAGUUGCAAGAUUGACACAGACACUAUCAGGAUGAACUGUCAACUAUGGAUGAAUACAAAUGUCCGAAUCAGUUGGACUUUACCCGGCCAUCUCAAACGGACUCUACUCUGCCAGCUCCCAGGUACACUGUCCGCUUAACACCCGACUGAGCCGGCGUGUGAGUGGAGCAGCUCCGGAUAAUUCCCAGCUAGCAAGUGAUGGUGCUGGUGACGUUUCUAUCAUGUGAGUGGUGGUGGGGGAAAAACACAAGUGAGCCUAUUUUACGCGACGAGGCCAACGAAAAUGUCGACCAACUGGAGAGACGACGAGAUUCGUGAACUUCUGUCGGUCAGAGCCGACGCCGGAAUUGUCAGACAGAUUCACGGGACAGCCCGAGACUCGGUCGUGUACGACCAGAUCACGAAGCGCCUACAUGAACGCGGGGUAUUCCGAGCAAAGGCGCAGGUGAACAACAAACUCAAAGCCCUGAAGAGACAGUACCACCAGCUCGUUGAACAGAGUGGGAACGAGCGGCCGACAUGGUGCUAUUUCAGCUUGUGUGAGGCCGUCUGGGGGAACCCGGUGGCAGUGGUAGGGAGCAUGGAGACCGACUCCACCUCGAGGAGCCCGGAGACGCCCUACAGCGACACCGAGGAGAAGCCUCGAGUGUACGAGACUGACGUGUCGAUCAACGACUCAGAGACAUCCAGUCGUCCUCCACCCAAGAAGAAGAAGAGGGGCAGGAACCAGACACACACUGAAAGUUUUUCUGCAGAGAUGAGGGACUUGAUCAAUGAGAUGGACAAUAAUGAAACAGCUCAUCCUUCACCCUCAAGAUCUUCUUGCACCUCAGAUCAGAAGAAGAGACGCACCAUAGAUGAUGCCAUUCUUACAAGAUUGGAUCACCUGGAUGAUGAGAGACAGAAAUUUAGGCGGCAGGACAAUGAAGACUUUCGGUUUGCUGCAGUGAUUGUGGACAUGCUGGCUAAUAUCAAGCCCAAGCACAAAUCAGAAGUAAAAUUUAAAAUUUAUCAGAUGCUAUAUGAGGCAGGCAGGGACUUCCCGAAAGAAUCAUGAAAGAGCACUGAUUUUUUUAGAUUGAAUACAUUGUUUUACUUGUUCACAUUUAUUUUAUAACACAUGUCAACAGCACACAAAAUACUGUAAAUAAAUGUUUUUUGUAUAUUCAGUA